AUGGAUUUGCCAGACGAUCUGGCAUCGGCGGUGAGGAAGUCGUGGUCUGAAUCCGCCCAACCCUUAUCCGUCCUUCAGGGGACAGACUCACCUAUAAGCACGCCCCGUGGGACACCCAAAAGCUCCGGAAGGGGCUCGAUUCCAACCAGUAUGGAUGAGCCGACUGUGGAUUAUCAGCUGUUAAAGCACCACUAUGCUAUCUCGGACGACGGAAGGAGGCCCAGUAUGCAGGAGGACCUUAUGGACGUACUGCAGGAAAUGGAGUUUUCCAACGAGCAAAGACCCCAAGCCAUGCGGCGCGGUUCUAUCGAGGAAGUUUCUAAAAUACGGCAGUGGUUGAAUCCGCGUAGCUCGUUCUCCGGGGCUUCCACGAACGAGGCGUCCACAGAGAACACCGGUGCGACCAAGUGCUGGGUCACCACAAUAGAGACUCAGGACGACUUUCUUCCAAUCCUGGUUCUGAACUAUUCUUUCAAGAAAUCCUGUUCUCGCUACAAGCUGAUUGUGCUUUAUACAGAGCAGACUGAGAUGGUGGCUUCGCGCCUUCGGGACUACGGGGUCGAAACACGGAGGGCAAGCGACAUAGCGCCUAUCCUUUUUUCUCCACAAAAUCAAAUGGGCACAGCGGAUAGCCGGCUUUCCAGGUGGACCAUGCUCUUCCCGUUUGUAUCACUGACAAACGAUUUUGAGCUGGUCUGUUACCUGUCGCCGCGGGCACUUGUGCUGUCAAAUAUCGAUGAACUGCUAGAUUCGGAUGCUGUGGCCGCCGAGAUCGACAACGAAACCUGCGUGCUGCUCUCCAACCACAUGGGCGCCCGCCCUACGAUCAUGGUGUUAAGGCCGAAUAAGGAGAUAGACGCCUGUAUCCGCGAGUACAUGACAGUUUACUUGAACGCACAAAACAACGGUAAAUGGGCCAAGCUACAGGCAGCCGAUGGCUCUAGCGUUCUGCGAGAGCUCUUCGAAGACUCAUGGGGGCUUGUUGCCGCGGAUUUUUGCCACAGCGGGCCAGGUCAUAUUCAGCCAAACGCCAAAAUCGUGGAGUGCACUACCACACAGCCCUGGAAUCUUUCCUACAACGACGAAGCGAGUGUGCUGUGGAGAAGAGCGUGGAGCGAGCUUAUCUGA